AUGAGUACGAGACUCAGAGAACUCAUUCGUGAGGUUCGUAAUUGUAAAACAGCAGCAGAGGAAAGAUCGGUCAUUGCUAAAGAAUGUGCUGCUAUUAGAACAGCAUUGAAGGAACAACAUGCCUACAGGGCAAGAAAUGCUGCCAAGUUGAUGUAUAUUCACAUGUUGGGAUAUCCGACAAAUUUUGGACAAAUAGAAUGUGUUAAUUUAAUAUCAAGUUCUAAAUAUCCAGAGAAAAGAAUUGGUUACUUGUCACUGAUGAUUAUGUUGGACGAACAUCAAGAAAUUCUUACCUUGACAGAACAUAGAUUUAAAGUAGAUUUGAAUGAUAGUAAUCAAUUUGUUCAAGCUUUGGCUCUUACAGCCAUCGGAAACAUUGCAUCAGCAGAUAUUUGUCGUGAUUUGAGUGUUGAAGUUGAAAAAUUAUUAAUUGGUGCUCCUUCUUUUAUUAGAAAGAAGGCCGCACAAUGUGCUAUUAGAAUUGUUUCUAAAUGUCCAGAUUUAAUUGAAAAUUAUAUUGAAAGAAUUGAUACAAUUUUGGAAAAUGAACAACAUCAAAGAAGUCACUCUGCCAUGCUUGGCAUUAUUACUUUGAUUCUUACAAUUCUCAAUCCAACAAAAGUUGGUGGAUCUGAAACUAGAAAUUAUUUACUUCACUUUAGAAAACAUAUUCCUGUUUUUGUUAGAUUACUCAAUGCAUUAUUAAGUAGUAAUUCUACUUCUGAAUAUGAUGUUAAUGGAGUUGCCGAUCCAUUUUUGCAAACAAAGCUCUUACGUUUAUUGAAAGUUUUGGGAAGAGGAAGUUCUAAAGCAAGUGAACAAAUGACAGAAGUUUUGACAAAGACACUCACUAACACUGACAAGACUAAGAAUACAGGUAAUGCUGUAAUUUAUGAAUGUGUUAGAACUGUUAUGGAUAUUGAAUGCGAUCCUUCAUUGAGAAAGAUGGCUAUUGGUCAACUUGGUACAUUCCUUGGUAAUAAGAAGGAUAACAAUCUUAGAUAUGUUGCUUUGCACACAAUGAAAAAGGUUUCCAAAUUGGACUCUCAAGCAGUCAGUAGACAUUUGGCUACCAUUGUUGAAUGUUUGAAAGAUCACGAUAUUUCAAUUAGAAAGAGAGCUCUUGAUUUGGUUUAUGUCAUUGUUGAUAACAGUAAUGUAACAUAUCUUGUUCAAGAGUUGAUUCAACAUUUGGAAGUUUCCCCACCAGAAUUUAAACCAGAAUUGACCACAAAAAUUUGUACAAUUAUUGAAGAGCAUGCUCCUUCAAAGGACUGGAAGAUUACAACACUUUUACAAGUUAUAAUUUUAUCAGCCCAAUAUGUUAGAGAUGAAAUUGCUUCCAUCUUUAUUGGUAUGCUUUCACAAUCUAUUGAUAAUCAAGCUGAAAUUACCAGAAAAUUGUACGAUACUCUUAAGGAUUUAAUUCCAAAACCAAAUAUUUUGCUCAAACAAGAAAUUCUUAUGCAAGUAAGCAGUUGGUGUUUGGGUGAAUAUGGUGAUUUGAUUGUUGAUAAUGAAGUUACUAGUGAGAAUGUUGUAAAUGUAUUAUUCGAUUUGGUUAACAUGUUACCAAAGGGUUCAGUUAGUACUGUAAAGAGUAGAAGAGUUUUGUCAACUGAUCCAAACAAUAUAGUAAGGGCUUAUGCACUUGUUGCCUUGUUGAAAUUAUCUGGAAGAUUCCCUGAUAGAUCAGCAGAUAUUGAACGUUUUGUUUCAAGAUAUUCAGACAAUGUUCAACUUGAUUUACAACAAAGAGCUUGUGAAUUACUCCAAAUCGCCAAAAUGUCUGCUUCAGUUAAAGAAAAUAUUCUUGACAAGAUGCCUGAAUUCCAAAUUGAUUCUAUUAUUGGUCAAUUAAACUCAUCCGAAAAAGAAGAAGAGGAGCAAGGAGAGGAAGAACAUAACGAACCUUCUGACCGUACAACUUCUGCAGUCGGUAGUGGUUUAAGCAGUUUGCUCAUUGACAUUGAAAAUAAUGGAGCUGUUAAACAAACUGAAUCCAGCCUGAUUGACUUUAUUACAACUACCACUGAAACAAAACCUGUAAAAACAACUGAACCAACACGUAAGGUUCCAACUGUUCAACAAACAGAAACUCUCCUUCCAUUUGAGUCUAUUCUUCCAACUACCAAUACUACCACCAGUCCUGUUCCUUCCUUGUUAAAUAUGUUAGAUAUGCCAAGCUCCAAUUCAGCAAACUCACUUUUGUUGGAUGACCUUCUCUCAUCUCCUUCCCUACCAGCUUCUGCAUUAAUGCCACAAAAAGAAAAGAAGAUUUUAUCAGCUUAUAAUAAGAAUUCCCUUAAUAUCAGAUUUGAAUAUGUUGAAAUGGAUCCAGGAAGUCUCAAUGUUAUUGUCUAUUUCUCCAACAAUAACACCAAGGAAGUUAUGGGAUUGGACUUUAAGGCUGCCGCACCAAAAUAUUGUGAGGUAACACUUUUCAAACCAAGUUCCACAUCAAUUGCACCAAACACCACUGAUAGUGUCACUCAAAAAUUCAAAGUUAAAAUUGUUAACAGUGCUGCAAGACCAAUCACUGAUAGUCAAAUACCAAUCAGGUUUAAACUCAUUUGUAAGAUUGGUGAUAAGGUUUUGGAUGAGACAGGUACUGUAAAACUCUAAUAAAACAAGAUUUUAUG